GCUAAAGCCCUGAACUCCAUGAAACAGUGAACACACCCAAACGACGAGCAGUCGCCGUUCUCUGGAUCUCGGCUCGGUUUCCAGCUCGGCGGCGACAUGCCGGACGUGCAAGCUCUCGUCGGCGACUUCGUCCUCAAGCUCAAGCGCCGGAAGGUGGAAGGAUCGCAUGCCAGCGCGAGGCAGACGGCGGAACUGCUCCGCUCGGUGGUGUCGCAGCAGAGGCUGCCGCAUGCCGGACAGGCCGCGGUUCUCAUCGACGCUGUUCGCGCCGUUGGUGAGCAGCUCAUCGCUGCUAACCCUGUUGAGCUAGCUGUGGGAAAUAUUGUUCGGCGGGUUCUGCACAUUAUCAGAGAGGAGGACCUUUCAAGCACUACAACUGCAAUGGAAGGACUGGGACUGUCUGUCGAUAGUGAUGAUGAUAAUGCGGGUGAACAUGAGGAUCGUCCAGCUCUUUCUGCAGCCGCUGUUGCCGCUGCUGCUAGAAGCGCUCUACGGGCCCCCUCUUUGCACACUCUUCUUGAAGACAUUCCCGAGUCUGCUGCAGUUCCUCAUUCUUCUUCUUCUGGCGGUGACUCAGAAGGAAAAAGCAAAUCAGCUGCUGAUAAGAGUUUGAAGAGCCGGAAGCUAAAGCAUGGUGUCAUUGAAGCUAUUAAUGAAUUGAUCCAGGACAUUGAUACUUGCCAUGAGCAAAUUUCCGAACAAGCGGUGGAGCAUAUUCACCAAAAUGAGGUCAUAUUGACUUUAGGCCGUUCAAGAACUGUCAAGAAAUUCCUGUGUGCAGCAAAAGAGAAAAAGCGAUCGUUCCGGGUGUUUGUUGCAGAAGGUGCUCCAAGGUAUCAGGGGCAUGUUCUUGCGAAAGAGCUGGUCACAAAAGGAUUACAAACUACUAUAAUCACUGAUUCUGCAGUUUUUGCAAUGAUUUCACGAGUUAAUAUGGUGAUAGUUGGAGCUCAUGCGAUCAUGGCUAAUGGUGGAGUAAUAGCACCUGUUGGGUUAAAUAUGGUUGCACUUGCUGCUCGAAGGCAUGCAGUACCAUUUGUUGUGGUUGCUGGUAGUCACAAGUUGUGCCCAUUAUAUCCUCAUAAUCCAGAAGUAUUGUUGAAUGAUCUGAGAUCCCCAGCUGAUUUGCUGGAUUUUGAUGAAUUCUCUGACUGCAUGGAUUUUGCUAGCCGGGGUGGCUCACCUCUUCUUCAUGUUGUGAAUCCUACAUUUGAUUAUGUGCCACCCAACCUUGUCAGUCUUUUCAUUACUGAUACGGGAGGGCAUAACCCGUCAUAUAUGUACCGGCUCAUUGCAGAUUAUUACUCUGCUGAUGAUUUUGUCGUGAAACGGCGAUCAACAUCUUGAAGUGAAUUAAGAAUUUUAAGACAUCCUCAAUACCAUUUUAUAUUUGGGAUUCUCUUCAAACCAUUUGUUUCUGUUGGUUAUCUGUUAGUUAUCAGUCACCCAAAAAAAAAAAAAACUCAGUUUUCAGGACUGGGAUACCAUAAGCAAGUCUCGAGAGGUUUUACAAGUGGGAAGCCUGUGGCUGUGCGUGAGCUGUUUUGCGUUUGAACAUGGCGAGCAAUGAAGAAACACCAAGUGAUAAUUUAGCUUGUUGAUCUAGUAUCUUUAAUUUGUAGGGCAGAUGUAACUUGACUCUGGGUCUUCAAGUUCUCGUGGAUUAUUUUAUGUUUGGAUUGCCAAUGAUUUUUAUCAGUGUAGAUCAAAUAUAUUUGUUGCUCAAUGUCAUCAUGGUCAGGGUUUGAGCCCAGUUUAUUUG